UCGUCGGGCAUUAGGAGCACAAAAAAUUUAACAUCACAUCAAGCAUGGGUACUGGAAAAUUUGAAGAUUGUUGUGCAAUUUCAUAGAAACCAACCCAAGGGAGAAGUUUCAGGCUUACUUUCCCGGAUCUUGGGGAACCUAGCUAAGGAUUGCAGUCUCUUCCCCAUCGGUUUUGAUAACUGGCACCUGGUUCCGCAAAGUUUCAAAGAUCGUGUAUGGAAUGAUGUCAUUAAGCCGAAACUAUGGAUUGAAGCCGGGCAAAUGGACAUAGCAUACCACUACAUUCUUCAGGAUUUGGGUAAUAAAUGGAGGAACAAUAGGAUUCGGCUUUGGAAUGUGGGGUUUAAGGUGGAGAAAAGCAGAGAAGAGAACAUUACAAAUCAUCCUCCACACAUUCCUCCUGAGCAGUGGGCUAUGUUCAUUGAUUACCGUCUACGACCUGAUACUCAGAAAAUAUGCAAGAUUAACACAAUCAACAAGCGGAAACAUGAGACUCCUCACACUGGUGGCUCAAAGAAGAAUAGCAUAAGGAAAGAGGAAAUGGAAGAAAAAUUGGGAAGAGAAGUUUCUAGAGGGGAAAUGUACAUGAUCACCCAUGUGAAGCCAAAUGGAUCAUACAGUAGUACUAAGGCAGCAGAGAUAUGUGAGAAAAUAAAAGCAAUCGAAGCUACUGGGACUGUACCUGCUAAAGCUAGUCGUACCGAUUCUCUUAGUCAGGUGCUCGGUCCUGAACAUCCGGGCCGUACUCGAACCAUGGGAGCCGGAGUUGCUCCUACACAGGUCUUUGGUUCCUCUUCGUGUCAUGGAAAUCAUUCAUCUUCUAGUAGCACAAGCUCUCUUUCUCCAGAGGAAGUGCUUCAGCAAGUGCAAACUCAGCUACGGGAAGAGAGGGCACACAGAAUGAAUGUAGAAGCUGUACUUGCUCAUGUUCUGUCCCAGACGGGAAUCAUUCUACCCCCGGAGCUUGCGUUGUCAAAUCAACCUCUAUACAAAAACCAAGCUUCUUCGCAUUCCUCUACUCAUAAUGACAGCUAGGUAGUAGUUCGGGAUUUGAAGUUCAAGGGAUGAAGAUAUUUUGCAGCCACUUCACUUGCCGACUGUCGAUGUUAAUGCAAGUAAUUUGUAGGAACCAUGAAUGGAUAGUACUUUGGCGAGUAUGUUUUGUGGCAACUUAUGUAAUGGGUUUUGUAUCCCAAACAAUAGAUCUUCAACUCUAGCUUUAUGAUGAAUCCCGAAACAUGUAAUCUAGAAGUACAGAAUGAUGUGCUUGUGAUGAAUGCAUCUACUCAAUUUCAGAACAUGUGUUUUUAUAUGGA